GGGGUUUAUCUAGCGUCACCGAUCCACGAGAGUAUCGAACACGAAAUCUGAACCGUUCAACAUAUCCGACGUGGCAAUUAACUGUAUUUAAAAUCCGGUUUUGCGUCCGAUUCCCUUAUAGAAAUCGGAGCGUUGGUCUCUUCUUUUUUAUUCUGAUUCGAACAAAAAAAAAUAAAAAUAAUAAAAAAGCUCAGUGCUUUGAGAGCCUUUGGAUAGAGAGAGAGCAGAGCGAGCGUUCUGGUGUUUCUGGCUUUAAGAUCUACUGAACACUGGGUUAGCAAUGGGGGAAGAAGAUACAAAAUUCACUGUGGAGCCAACAGCAAAUGGGACUAAUUCUCUUCAGAAGACAUCAGAUGCAAUCAGUGGAAAAGAAGUGCAGGAGAAAGCUAGUGGCAAGGAAACACAGGAAGAUAAGAAAGCUGAGGAUACUGGACCCCAGAAAAUGGAGAUAGAUGAUGAGAUUAAGCAACAUGAAGGAAAAAGUGAGACGGAAGAUAAAGAGGUGGUUACAGAAAAAGAAGAGAAAGCUGAGACUGAAAAAUCAGAAGAGAAAGAUGUCAACGGAGACAAGGAACCAGUGGAGACGGCUAAAAGGGACGAAGACAAGGGACAACCAGAAGCUGAUAAAAUGGAUGAAGACACAGAUGACAAGAAGUUGAAAGCUGAUUAUGGUGUUUCUGGAGGUGCCACUGAGGAAGAUAUUGUGAUGAAGGAAAAUGUGGAGACUGAUGACAAGAAAGAUAUAAAAGACAACGAAAAUCAAAAGAUGAAGAUAGAUACAACAGAAGGAGACCAAGAGAAAACUGAGAAAGAAUCAAAGGAGGAGAAACUAGAAGGAAGGCAAGUGAAUGGAAACGAACAAGGGAAUAAGGGAGACAUCAAAGAGGAAGAAAAGCUGGUCAGUGGAGACAAGGGGGACGAUGUCGAUGAGGAUGAAAAGGUGGAUAAUGUGGAUGAAAAUAACACAAAUGAGGCAUCGAAGGAAAAUAAUGAGGGGAAAGAGGAGGAAACAAAUAAAGGAGAGGAAGUGAAGGAAGCAAACAAAGAAGAGGAAGUGGAGGCAGACACUGAAGUCGAUGUGCCAAACGUGGAAGACAAAAAAACAGAGAGUAAGGACGAGAAUGAAGAUGAAAAUGAAGAUAAAGAGGAUGAGAAGGAAGAUGGAAAAGAAGAGAGCAUGGAUGAUAAGGAAGAUGAAAAAGAAGAGAGUAAUGAUGAUAAGGAAGACAAAAUUGAAGAUAUCAAGAAGUCUAACAAGCGAGGGAAAGGGAAGACUGAGAAAAAUCGUGGAAAGACAAAGAGUGAGGAAGAAACGAAGGACAUAGAACCUAGGACUCCUUUCUCUGAUCGCCCUGUUCGUGAGCGAAAAUCUGUUGAAAGGCUUGUUGCAGUAAUUGAUAAAGAUUCUUCAAGGGAAUUUCAUGUUGAAAAGGGAAAAGGGACACCUCUCAAAGAUAUCCCCAAUGUUGCUUACAAGAUAUCAAGGAAGAAGUCUGAUGAAGUUUUCAAGCAGCUACACCAAAUUCUCUUCGGUGGGAGGAGAGGAAAAGCUACUCAGGUCAAGACGAACAUAUUGCGCUUUUCUGGUUACAAAUGGCAAGGAGAUGAGGAAAAGGCAAAAUUGAAAGUAAAAGAGAAGCUUGACAAAAACAACAAAGAAAAAUUGGUGGAGUUUUGUGAAAUAUUUGACAUAUCAGUUGCUAAGGCUACAGCAAAGAAGGAAGACAUUGUUACGAAGCUGUUUGAGUUUGUGGAGAAACCUCAUGCGACAAGUGAUGUUCUUCUUAAUGAGAAAGACAAGGGUGUGAAGCGCAAAAGAACUCCUAAAAAAAGUUCACCUGCAGCUGGAAACUCAUCUUACAAACGAUCAGCAAAGAGCCAAAAAAAGACCGAGGAAGCAACAAGGACGAAGAAAAAGAGUUUACCUCAUUCUGAUGAUGAGUCUGAAGAAGAGAAAGAGGAAGAAGAAGAAGAAGAAGAAGAAGAAGAGAAAGAGCAGGAGGUAGAGGAGGAAGAUGAAGUUAAUGAAGAGGAGGAGAAUGAAAAUGGGAUUCCUGAUAAAUCUGAGGACGAGGCGCCUCAGCCUUCUGAAAGUGAGGACAAAGUUGAAUCUGAGGAGUCAGAGGAAGAAACUCAAAAGAAGAAACGUGGUUCUAGGACUCCAUCUAAGAAGAAAGAAACAUCAGGGAAAUCGAGAAGCAAGAAAACUGCAGUCCCUACGGAAUCCAGUCCACCAAAGAAAGCUACUCAGAAGCGCUCUGCAGGUAAAAGGAAAAAGAGUGAUGACGACAGUGAUACAAGUCCAAAGGCAUCCUCAAAGAGGAAGAAGACUGAGAAACCGGCGAAGGAGCAGUCCUCGGCGCCUUCAAAAUCUGCAUCAAAAGAGAAACCAGGCAAAAGAGGUGGAAAAGGGAAAGACAAAACCAAGGAGCCUAGUGAUGAAGAGUUGAAAAAUGCAAUUAUUGAUAUCUUGAAAGGGGUCGACUUCAACACGGCUACAUUCACUGACAUCCUCAAGCGACUUGAUAAAAAGUUCAAAAUCGAUCUCACCUCAAGAAAAUCAUCUAUUAAGCUGAUGAUCCAAGAUGAGCUCAAAAAGCUAGCAGAAGAGGCCGAUGAUGAGGAAGGAGAAGAAGAGGAUGCUGAGAAUGAGGAAGAAGAAGAGAAAGUGAAAGAGAAAGCUGGAGGAUCUGGUGGUGCAGAGGAGGUUAAAGCCUGAUCACAAAGCACAUAAAUCUAGUCUAGCUGCUAUUUUAAUCGUCAAGGGGUCUCUCUCCUCCAUUGCCUAUCUUCAGCAUUAGGCAAAUAUAUCAGAGAAUGUAAUAUGUUGGUUGUUUUUUGGUCUUGAAUUGUCGUUUUUUUUAAUAUAACUUAUGUGGUAGAGUCGGAGAGAGGAAGACCAGAAGUUAGAUGUUAUCAGAUAAGCAGCUUUGUUUGUGUAUACAAUUAAACAUAAGCGCCUUUAGGAUUUAUGGCCCAUUUAAACACCCUUUUGAUUUUUGGGUUCCUUUUGAA